GAGAAUCUCCAUCGUCGCAGCUCCGGACCGAGUAGAGUAUGACUUUCCCACGCAGGAAUGGCGAAUAGGCUCACGCUAUAUUGUUGUUUGACCAACCUGUCUCGAAUGUCGGAAUGCGAGCGUCCGCAGCCGUAUUGAUUGCCGAAGCCCUCUCCGUCUCGGAAGAUGAGCGUGGGAGGACAUCGGCUAGCUGUAGAUUUGACAGUUCAACGCCCGUGGGAAAAACGUGGAGGUUUGACCUCACCGAAAUGCGCUACUUGCCGAGUCGCCAAGCAGCAGAUUGGCGCGAUCGCUCUCGCGCACAGCACAACGUUCCCGAUCGCGGCCGUCGUGACCAACGGUGCAUCUACGGAAAUCAACUUUUCGCGACAUUUCUGGCACGUCCCCCCCGAAGCGAUCCGAGUACAGCUGGUCAAACGUCUGAAGAAGCGGGGAGAUCUCAAACUACUGCCAAAAGCGUCCUUCGGAGCCUGCCGGCCCCGUAUGCUUCCCGUCGAUUUUGAACAGCUCAAAAUUCGCCUCCGUUUGAUUCGCUCAUGGAACGAGGGCGAAACGAGAUCACGCAUUGGACUCGUUUGCGGGAGAGUAUCAUUGCGUUCUCUACUGCACCGCUGCAUCAACCUCUGGGGACGGUUCCCAUAUUUUCACCGACUUGCAUUCUCAAAUGGGAGACAUCGAACGUCGUGCGGACUUCUACAUGUGCACUUACUCGAUUUGCGGGGCGUCAGCAGCUUUCUGUUGCUGCUGAAGGGGCACUAGCAAGCUAUGGUAACCCGGCGGGGGCACAUUCACGGACAUAAGGUUUGAUCCCGAAUUUGACAGAAUGUCAGAUUGCGAAUGCCAAUUCGGAGACUGAGUGCUACCGACUCAAGGCUUCGAGAAGCGCUUCGAACCAGGGGACUGACUGCGCGUAUACCGAGCGGCCGGCUCUAUCUCGCAUUGAUCGUU